CUCUCUCUCUCAAUCAUUCUUUCUUCUUCCUGAACCAAGUGACCAGCCGCGCAGCCGAGGGUGCUGCUGCUCGCCACCAGAGCGAGCGUGCAGGAGCUGAGCGCGCGUGGGAUAGAGCGAGGGGGAGGGUGGGGACGGUGGUGGAGCAGAAGCACAGAGGAUCUAGCGCGCGCGGGCGGUGCCGCGGCCGUCUCGGUGAUGCGGCGCGGUAGCCAGGGAGCACGGGCGGCGCCGCAGACAGCUCGGCAAGGCGCGGUGGCGCGGCAGCCAGCGCUGGCAGGCGCGCGCGGGCGGUGCCACGGCCGGCUUGGUGAGGCGGGCGGCAGGGCGCGGCAGCGUGGCAGCCAGGGAGCGCGGGCAGCGCCGCGGACGGCUGAGCAAGGCGCGUUGGCGUGGCAACCAGCGCUGGCCGGACGCGGGCGGGCGGCACCGCAGCCGGCUGGGUGAGGCGGGCGGCGAGCUUGACUGACGACGCGAUGCCGAGCACGGGGUUGCGGCAACAGCCUCGGCGGCGACGACAUCGGCGGCCGGCGUGAUGGCCUAGCUCUGGGGCUACAGCAACGACCUCCACUCGCGCCAAAACUGUGGUAAUCCGCACUUGAUCCGUGGCUGCCGUCGACGAGCUGCAGUGCGGCGUACAACGGGGUAGCACCGUCGUCUCCUCGUGUUGGACAACGAGCCCGCGCCGUCUCUUCGCGAGGCGACGAGGGCGUCGUCGCCUCGCUGCACCAGGGUCUUUUUUGCAAAACAUGCUGCACAUAGACGACAAACCGACGAGCGUUGUACGUGCCCUAAGCCUUUUUGUCCCUACCGUCAAGUCUGUCACACUGCUACGAAAAGGGUUUGUAGGAGCGAGUGAAAAGCCACUUUUAAAGACGGAUACCCCACACGCCCUUGGUUUCGUAGCUAAAAAUACUAUUUGCAGAGGCGGGUAACAUGGCCGCCCUUGAAAAUUCAUUUUUAGGAGUGGGUCGUGCUCUCACCCGCUCGUAUUGAUCAAAUAAAAAAUAAAAAAACACCGAAGCAGCUACUAAAAAUCACUUUUUUAGUACCCGUUCGUGUUUUGCCCCGGUACUAAAAUGGCGUGGCCAUUUAGGACAUGUCAAUAACACCGAUUAAACCCUGAAAGCAAAUAACACUAGCAAAUCAAACCCUGAAAGACAAAUACUUUUCCUCACGUGGAUAUGACAAACUAAAUAUGCAAGACCAUGAGUUGUGCUAGAUGCCUAUAUUAUUAACUAGUAUGAAGGCCCUUGUCUAUGUUCACAUGUUGAGAGUAAUUUGUGUGCUUUUGUAUUCUGGUGUCAACUUGUUAGUAAAUAUCGAGUGGAUAUAUAUGUACACAACCUAUGUUGUCUUCGUCACGAAGAGAGGCUCCAUGCUUUGCUUUAUUACAGGUCAAUUGCAAAGCGGAGCUCCCAGACAUAAAAUUGCUGGCACUCUUUGGAUUCGGCACAACUAUCUUGAGGGGUGCUGCUUGCACGGUGAACGAUCUUCUCGAUCGAGACAUCGAUAAGAAGGUUGAGCGGACAAAAAGCAGGCCAAUUGCAUCAGGUGCUCUAACCCCUGCUCAAGGAUUUUACUUCCUAGUAUUUCAGGUUCUACUAUGGUUCGGUUUUCUUCUUCAACUGAAUAAACGUAGCCUUAUCAUGGGAGCUUCUUGGCUUGUUCUGUUUUUCUCUUAUCCCCUGAUGAAGAGGCUCAUACACUGGCCUCAAGCCUUUCUUGGCUUCACCGUCAGCUGCGGCGUUUUCAUAGGCUCGGCUGCUAUUAAAGAAAGCUUAGAUUAUGCCGUCCUCCUUCCAAUGUAUUUUGCUGGCAUAUGUUGGACACUGGUAUAUGACACAAUAUACGCACAUCAGGACAAAAAGGAUGACUUCAAAGCAGGAGUUAAGAGCACCGCCAUAACUUUUGGAGAUAAUACAAAGUACUGGCUUAGUGGCUUUGGUGCUGCAUGCAUUACCAGCUUAGCACUCACUGGCUACAAUGCUCACCUUGGUUCGUAUCAAACAAGUGGUUCGGAGCAUUCUUAUUUGGUGGAAUUUUAUUUGGGACCUUGCAAAAUGAUAAAGGAGAUCGUCUAAUCAAACUGCUAAUUGUGUGUGUGGAUUGUUCUGGUACUCGAGUACCAUAACUAAAUGGGCAAGAUGGAGUGAUCAGCUUGUAAGCGGAUAUACAGUUCUACCUACAACUCAGAAAUGCUUAAAACGUAACCUUCCCCGCAGAAGAAGCCUAGAACCAUAAAUAUAUUUGAAAUGCAUGUUCAUUGUUCAAUUGGAAUACAUUCAUGCCAUAUGGAUAAGCAACUUUGUACUAUAUUCUACCGUGUGAUUCUGUGUAUUCAGGCUUGGACAAUUAAGAUUCUCUUGGUACAUGAUUUAUUUCAAUUGAACAUGCAUUUCAAUAAAGUUAUGAGGGCAUCUCCAAUGGUUUGAACAAGUAAUAGCUUUAAGGAUGUACAUGUCACAGAAAGACGAUACUAAAGUUAGCUUCUCCAAUGGUUAGAGAUAGUAUUAGCUCUA